AUGGGCAUAGCUACCAACACUGAUGGCGACUUCACCGGCGUUCAAAAUGCCCUCAAAGGCUGGAAUGAGGCUGAGUGCGUUCCUGUCGUCGCUAGAACGGACAAAGAAAGAAAGAUUGAACUCUCCGUCUAUACAGAAAACACCGAGACAACCUUGCGUGCUCGCUUAACAAGCCUGCUUUCUCUUGGACGGAGAGCGGACUGCAGAACAAUUCAAGUCAAUUCAGGAGACGGCUGUGGGAGCCUCGCCAAGCGCUGCGGCAUCUCUGGUCCCAACUUCGAAAAGUACAACAAAAAGACGAAUCUCUGCAGUACUUUGCAGGUAGGGCAGCAUGUUUGCUGCUCCAGCGGCUCACUGCCUAACCUCGUUCCAAAGCCGCAACCUAACGGCAUAUGCGCAAACAUUCGGGUUGGCAACGGCGAUUUCUGUGCGAAAAUUGCGGCCGCACAUCAGCUCACGGUCAAGCAAGUAGAGAAUUUCAACUUGAAGAAAACUUGGGGUUGGGGUGGAUGUGACGCUCUUCAACCGGGGAUGAAAAUAUGCCUCAGCUCCGGAGACGCUCCUCUACCUGCACCAGUCUCCAAUGCCAUGUGCGGUCCAACAAAGCCAGGAACAACACAUCCUGGGGCAGGCAAAAACAUCUCGAUGCUCAAUCCAUGUCCGUUGAACGUGUGUUGUAAUGUCUGGGGAAAUUGCGGCCUAGAUUCCAACUUUUGCAACAUCCACCCGGCUAAAACUGGAAACCCUGGUACAUCGGCUCCAAAGAAAAACAGCUGCAUUUCAAACUGUGGCAUGGACAUAACCAACAACAAAACUGCACCCGAGAAGCACCGAAGUGUUGGCUACUUUGAAGGCUGGAAUUACAACCGUCCUUGUCUUCAUAUGGAUGCCGACAAAGUGGAUCCAGGCAAUUACGGCACCAUCCAUUUUUCAUUUGCAGAGAUCUCAACCAGCUUCGACGUAGUGAUACCUAAAAGCGUUACCAAACAGUUUGAAAUCUUUUCGAAAAUGAAGACCGAUCAACACAAGGUCCUUGCCUUUGGUGGCUGGGAUUUCAGUACUCUGCCUGGAACCUUUCAAAUUUUCAGAGACGCCGUCAAACCGGGGAAUCGAGAAAAGUUCGCAACAAACUGCGUGAAUUUUCUUAAGAAGCAUAAUCUUGAUGGCCUCGAUUUUGACUGGGAAUAUCCUGGUGCACCUGAUAUCCCCGGUAUUCCACCGGGAGGUAGUGACGAGGGGCCCAAUUACCUUGAGUUCUUGAAGCUUGUUAGGGCCAAAUUGGCUUCUGGAAAGACGCUAUCUAUUGCGGCGCCGUCGUCGUAUUGGUACCUGAAACAAUUCCCCAUCAAGGAGAUGGCGCCUUAUCUGGACUACAUAGUCUACAUGACCUAUGACCUGCAUGGCCAAUGGGAUUACGACAACAAAUGGGCAAGCCCUGGAUGUCCUGAGGGCAACUGUUUACGGUCCCACGUCAACCUGACCGAGACGAUGCUGUCUCUCGCCAUUGUCACAAAGGCCGGGGUUCCGGCACACAAAAUAUUAGUUGGCGUUAGCAGCUACGGGCGUUCCUUCAAGAUGACAGACCCGAAAUGCCACGGACCUAACUGUCAUUUCGUUGGCGAGCUGUCUGCUGCAAAGAAAGGCGCCUGCACAGAUACAGCUGGGUAUAUUGCAAAUGCAGAAAUCCUCAGCAUUGUAGAGGAUGGGCGAUCCACCUGGGCCGAGUCACACCUUGACAACAAAGAAAUGACUGAUUACGUCGUCUAUGACGAUGGCGAGUGGGUAGCCUUUAUGCUUCAUCUCAACAAGUGGUUUCGCCAAGGCCUUUAUUACGACCUCAACUUCGGAGGCAUAUCUGACUGGGCUGUGGACUUGCAAACCUUAGGGGAGGGUUCUUUCGGGGGCGGAGAUGAGAACGACGACGAAAAUAUUGAGGCAAAUUGCCCCGAAACCUUCGAUUCUCUAGAAGCCAUCGAAGAAGCAAAAGACGACAUGGCUUUCCACUGCAAACACGUGUACACGUUACGCGUGUUGGAAAAAAUGUUGAAAAGCUCCUUUGACUCAUACGACAAACUCAUCGAGGACGGCUACGAUAAGAAAUACAACCUCUACAAAGACGCUAUAAAGAAAAUGGCACCUGACACCUUGGUUGGAUUUCUCAAAGACCGCAGCAAUGAUUUCUUCAACUGUGAUGUGAGGGAACAAAUCUAUUGUUGCGACUGGUGUAAGUCACGAUUCACAGAUAAGGAGUGUCGUUACUGUGACAAAAACUGCAAUGGAUACAAAGACGAAGUCAAGCAGGUCAGAGAACGGUGCCCCUCAGAUACAUCUCUGGUAGGAACUUUGCCACCUUUGGAGCCGGGAUACCACACUUAUGCUGUAACAUGGUUCCUCAAGUCGGGUAAAAAGGAUGAAUUCCUCGCCGCAGCACUCGCUGAUGCAGGGCUACCAUCUGACUGGAUAGGUAUGUCAAAGGACAAACAGCAACCAGUGGUAUGUGCAGGCACCUGGGAGUGUGAGUGCGGGUCCGUUCCACUGGAUGAAUGCGAACAUACGGGUUAUUGGUAUGACGCGCCCUAUAUUGCGCGGACAGAUGACGACGGCGUUUCGAACCCAAAGGACUUCGUCGCAGAUGCGAUGAAGAACUUCACCAAGCUCGGCGCAGAUCUCAAAUCCGUUGCCGAUGAUAUUGAGGCGUUUCUUCACAUGGAAGACUCUCAACCUGGGGAGAUUGUUGAAGCAGCCGCCCUGCCCAUUCUUAUGAUGGACGAAGCCAUUCAAAACAUGAAGAAAGUGGAGGAGAUUGGCGAGGAGAUAGAGAAGGACAAGGAAAAAGAGUUCCUUACAUGGUUCUUAACGUCCAUAUUGAUGCUUGUACCGGUGGUCGGCCAGACUCUUGGUACGGUUGCUAGACUUGCAACAAUUGGAAGAGCAAUUGCCAUGCUCGGGGAGGCCGGUGGAAUCGCCUACGACGUGGCCAGCAUUGUGGAUGAUCCUGACAACGCCCCCAUGGCCGUUUUUGGGUUGAUUCUGGGCGUUGGUGCGCUCAGAGACUCAGCUAAAGUAAUCAAAGCGUCAUCAGCGGCAAGAGGCAUGUCGGCAAACGAUUUGGGCAAGCUUGGAGGAAAGGUAGAAACAAGGAUGACAACAAUCAGCAGCGUCAUUGGGCGCUCUUGCAGUCGGUGA